UGCUCAAGUGGAAAGUGGGUGGAGAGCGAGUCAAAGUUUUAGGACAAUAGCUUGCGCUGAUGCAAAACUACUGUGUUGAAUUCAACGAAACCUCCACAGAAGACCAGAGCCAGAAAAAACCCACAAGACAAGAGAAGAGUAAAGUAGGUUCUGUCCUCCAAACCCUUUUGCUUCUUCUUCUUCUUCUGAUCUCUUCUGAAUCACUCCAACAAUUCUGAUAAGCUUUGUUUGGACAUCUGGGACUUGCAGUCAGAAAAAGGGUCAACCUUGAGAACUGGGAAGAAGAAGAAGAGAACCCACCAUGGCUGAUAGUCCUAGGACUGAUAUUUCUACAGAUGUGGAUACUGAUGACAAGAAUCAAAGGUAUGAUAGAGAUCAAUAUGCCAUCAAUGCCGCGGUUUCUGAUUCCAGUGAUAAAUCAAAAGACCCCAAGGAUCAGAAGACUCUUCGAAGGCUUGCUCAAAAUAGGGAGGCUGCAAGAAAAAGUCGAUUGAGGAAGAAAGCAUAUGUUCAGCAGCUGGAAACUAGUCGUUUGAAGCUGAGUCAACUAGAACAAGAGCUUCAGCGAGCCAGACAGCAGGGAAUCUUCAUAUCCGGCUCAGGAGGAGACGCUGCUCAUUCGACAAGUGGAAAUGGGGCAAUGGCGUUCGAUGUAGAGUAUGGGCGGUGGCUGGAAGAUCAUAAUCGGCAAGUUAAUGAACUGAGAGCUGCUGUAAAUUCUCAUGCAAGUGAUGCAGAGCUUCGUAUUAUUGUAGAUGGAAUCUUAGCACAUUAUGAUGAGAUCUUUAGGCUGAAAGGUACAGCAGCUAAAGCUGAUGUAUUCCAUCUGUUGUCUGGUAUGUGGAAAACACCUGCAGAAAGGUGUUUCUUGUGGCUUGGUGGUUUUCGUUCGUCUGAGCUCCUGAAGCUUCUUGUUACUCAGUUGGAGCCUCUGACAGAGCAGCAGUUGGCAGGGCUUACCAACUUGCAGCAAUCAUCCCAACAGGCAGAAGACGCAUUAUCUCAAGGAAUGGAGGCUUUGCAACAAUCUCUAGCUGAGACUUUGUCCAGUGGAUCUCUUGGCUCCUCAGGUUCGUCUGGUAAUGUUGCAAACUACAUGGGUCAAAUGGCAAUGGCAAUGGGAAAACUAGGCACUCUUGAAGGGUUUAUCCGCCAGGCUGACAAUUUACGGCAACAAACAUUGCAACAAAUGCAUCGUAUCUUGACAACUCGCCAGUCCGCCCGUGCACUUUUGGCUAUAAAUGAUUAUUUCUCGAGACUUCGAGCUCUUAGUUCACUGUGGCUUGCCCGUCCAAGAGAAUAAAACGCUUUUGCAGUUGCUCUUGAGCUGAUUGGUAUUGUUGUAGCCUGCAAAACAUCUGAAUAGAAAUUGACAUCCUCUAGUACAGCACUGGUAUUAUAUACCUGGUCAUCUUUAAAAAGAAAAUCAUUUUAUGUCGUAGCCGCAGAAAUAGUAUCUUUAAAGCUAAUCCUGUAAUUUUCGUUUCUUCAUUCUAGUCAUUAUAUAUUAUCUUGUAAUACUAUUGGAUAUGUAUUUGUUUAUUGUUAAUAAUAGUGUUAUUGUUGAUGUAA